AACCUUUAGACGUUUUCUUACUUUUCUUGUCUGUGGCUGUUGCUGAUUAUGGCUGAUCGGGGGAAGUUGUGUCAGCAACUACACUUUAUUUUUAGUUUUGAAAAAAAUAUUUAUUAAGCAACUAGUGUAAGUGUGUUUUCACGUGAUAAGUGCAACAGUAGUCGUUUAAUUAUAGUGCAAGUGUUCCAAUCGUGUUGUUAUAUAGUGCAUCGCGAUCUAUUAUUAGGUUUUUCUAAACACUCUUUUGAAUUUCACGUUAUGAUCAAUAUUUGAUUUGUAAGCAACCGUGGCGGUCAAUAUGGGGCAAAGUCCGAGUUCGAUGAGGAGUAAGAGCGGUCGGCGCUCAUUCCGAGGGUUCGCUCGGCGGCACAAACUGAAUAAAUCCAAUUUGAGCCAUACAUUCAGUUUGCCGCCGUCGGAGGAGUACCCGGAGCUGAUGAACGUGAACACGGCCACGGAGGAGCAGCUGAUGACCCUGCCCGGGGUGAACCGGCAGCUCGCGCGCGCCAUAGUGCUGCACAGACAGAUGAUCGGCCGCUUCAAGCGCGUCGACGACCUUGCCUUGGUCUCAGGUAUAGGAGCCGAGAAAUUAGAGCUGCUUAGACCAGAAAUUUCAAUUAGCAACCGCAAACAAGUUUCAAGAGCGAGCUCCUGCUCUCAAUCGUUAGACAGCGUCCGAGUUUCAUUAGAAAGCAAGCUUUGUUCUGUUAAUUCUUCCAGUGUUUUCCAAUUGCAAUGUGUGCCCGGUUUGAACCAAGAGAUAGCAGCAAACAUAGUAGACUACCGGAACAAGAGGGGACCAUUCAAGUCGCUAGAUGAUUUAAUAAAAGUCCGGGGCAUGGAUGUUGUGAGACUUAGCACUGUAAAGCAACACUUAAGUCUAGAGCUAAGAAAAUGCGAAAGUCUACAGCAUCUGACCAACGGACAUGUAAAUGGUUACGCAGAUGAAACAUUAGCUAAAUCACUUUUAAAUGGUGUCUCCAGUACACCAAAGACGCCUCAUAGAAAAAGCUUAUCAAUGCCAAAUAAAUUGCCUAUGACUUUACCGAAUGGUUUUGCGACGGCACCUGUAAAUGAUAUCCUAGAUCUGCUGUCGGCAUAUUCCCACAGACCAAUAGUAGAAGAGGAGUUUAAAUAUGAACGGGACGGGAUCAAAUGCUGUAGGAUAGCUUCGUGGAAUUUGCAUCAGCUUGACAUUGAUAAGAUAACAAAUCCGGGCGUCAGAGAGGUCAUCUGCAGGACAAUUUUGGAAAACAAGUUGUCCCUCAUCGCAAUCCAAGACGUCCUGGACGUGGCGGCUCUGAAGAUCCUCUGCGACGAGCUGAACUCGCCCUCGCUCCGCAGAGUUAGGGAGUGGAAGAGCAACAGUCACAGAUGGGAGUACUGCAUAGGUGACCAUAAAAAGUUGGGUUUCCUCUUCGAUUCAUCCAACAAAGGUAUAACGAUAGAGGAUAUACCCUUGGACCAAGUGUGCCUUCUGAGCGAAGCGAGCGAGAUCCGGCCGCUCGUCAGCGAGCUGGCAACGUUGCGGAGCGAGCGAUACGUCACUGAGCCACAAGCGUUCCUGCUCUCCGGGCGACCCACAGUGAUCCUCAACGUGGUGUGCCACGACCGACUGUCAACGGAAGACGUGGAGCAUCUAGAGAGGGUCGUCAAGAUGGCCGACCGGUGCCGGCUGCCGCUGGUGUUGGCUGGCGAGUUCUGCUGUUGGAGCAACGUGCAGACUCUCGAAUGCUGCGAGCCGCUCCUAGACGAAAGCCUAUCCACCACCAUAGACAACAAGUACUCCGGCCAGAGCUGCAUCCUUUCCCCAGGUACCGACAAGAUCACCUUCAACGGUCACUUUGGGGCCAUCAAAUCUGGUCUCAGCCACCUCGCGAUCCCCCGCGGCUGGUCGUGGGGCGGCCCGGCCUCGCCCUACUGUCCCAUAUGGGCAGAGAUUAAAGUCCCCGUUUGACAGAUGGACUCGAGGCUUAUCUAUUGUGUACCUUCGAUUCUGUUCUUCCUGCACUGUCUCGUUUUGGUGGUGUUGCACAUUUUCUGUUUUAAUAGUCACGUGUUUUAGUAAGUCGUUGAUUUGGAACAGUUAUUAAUUGUAGAAGGGUUGUAAUUAAAUUACUAAAAUAUAUGUAGGUGACGCUGUAAGAUUUCAUGCUAAGACCCUCAGCACACAGCGUCGUAAGGUAAGAGAAGCGUAAGCGUAUCGUAAUACGCGCUUAGGACGAGAGCGGUUCGAGAACGUACAUGGUCAACCAAGUUCGCAAGCGUUGUUGCAGCGAUUCGUAUGAAUGAAUUAAUGUUUUUUUUUAUUUCAGGCAACUAGUGGCCCAUACAUAAAUACCUUACAACUAGCAUACAUAUUAUAAAAAUAUAUUUUAAAACUACACAAUACAAAUCACAUUAUGGUUGCGAUGCAUUACGCAACCCCGCAGUGUCUGGGAGCCGGCCGCGGAACCGCCGAAACUUGACACCCUUCGACCAAAACUCCUCCUUAGUGAAGGUCGCUAGAUGUUCAGUCGGAACGCACACCACAAACGAAUCAAGUAUGAGAUUACGCUUCGCUUACGUUACCUAGGGCCUCUGGAAAAUAGUGGUACGUUUGACAGUCAGAUUUACCGCGUUAUGUACGAGGUGCACAACAUUUUUUAAGCAUUACAACUUUUCUACUAUCAAUAGCUGUUUGAUUUGUUAGGCGGAUUGUUUGAAUCCCACUUGUAUCCAUUGAAUUGUUAAAUUAUGAUAUCUUCCUUUUUAAGUCCCCAAUUGAUAAACAGCCGAUUUAGACUUGCAUCAUAUUGAUAUCAUUA